AUGAGUGAUGAAGAAGUUGUUCAAAUUACCAGCCUUUUGGAGCGCACGAUUUCCACCGACAAAGAAGAAUUAAAUCAAAUACAGAAAUUUUUGGAGCAUGCAGCGCAAACGAAUCUCCCAGGUUUUCUCAAAACUUUAUCUAAUGUCUUACUUUAUUCCGUCAACAACCCGGUCGCUCGCAUCGCCGCCGGCCUUCAAAUCAAAAACCACAUUACAUCGAAAGAUGAAGCGGUUAAGGUUCAGAUGAAACAGCGUUGGUUGUCUUUCACUGAACAAGACCGUCUUUUUAUUAAAGAAAACAUAUUCAAAGCACUCGGCACAGAGAGUAGGCCUAGUUCUGCUGCUCAGUGCGUUGCCAACGUCGCUAUUAUUGAGUUACCUUUGAACCUUUGGCCCGGUCUUAUUGCUUCGUUAGCAGCAAACGUCACAGAUCCAAACUCGUCUGACGUUCUCAGAGAGUCUUCGCUAGAAACUAUCGGUUAUAUAUGUGCUGAGACUGACCGUGACGUAUUAAAGGCCGAGUCCAACACUGUUCUGACGGCUAUUGUUCAUGGAAUGACCCAACCUAAUAGUCAUGUUUGUUUGGCAGCCACUACUGCUCUUUAUAAUUCUUUGGAAUUUACAAAAGGAAAUUUCGAAAAGAAAAAUGAACGCGAUUACAUAAUGGAGGUUGUAUGUAAAGCUACUCAAUCAACUGAAACUCAAAUUAAGGUCGCUGCACUUCAAUGUCUUGUUAAAAUUGUUUCUUUAUACUAUGAAUACAUGGAACUAUAUAUGACAACACUGUUUCCAAUUACACUACAUGCUAUUAAAUCAGAAUUGGAUGAAGAAGCACUACAGGGUAUUGAAUUUUGGUCUAGUAUUGCCGAAGAAGAGGCUGAAAUUGUAUAUGAAAGACAAUGUCAAGAACAACCUAAUGACAAAAAACUUAUGUUGUACGCUGAAGGUGCAUUGGAAUUCAUAAUACCGGUUUUAAUGGAAAAACUUACAAAACAAGAAGAAGGUGACGACGAUGAUGAUUGGAAUCCAUGUAAAUCAGCUGGUGUUUGUAUAAUGUUACUAGCUACUUGUUGUCAGAGCAAUAUUGUUCAACAUGUAAUUCCAUUCAUAAAUAGUAAUAUCAGCAAUCCAGAUUGGCGUUAUAGAGAUGCUUCAGUGAUGACACUAGGAUCAAUUCUUGGUGGUCUAGACCAGAAUGCGUUAAAAAGUCUAUUAGAACCUAACAUUCCUGUUCUUAUACAUUUGAUGUACGAUUCUAGCGUGGCUGUUCAAGAUACAUCUGCAUGGACAUUUGGCCGCAUAUUUGAGUUUGUACCAGAUUUAAUCAUUAAUUCUUCUUGUUUAAACGAUGUACUUGGAGUGUUUAUUAAAGGUCUUAAAUCUGAACCCCGUGUCGCCACAAACAUUUGCUGGGCUUUUAGCAGUCUUGCACAAGCCACUGGAGAAGAUAUGAAUGUCUUGACUCCAUAUUUUGAUUACAUUGUUCAAGGCCUACUUGAAACCACUGAAAGGGGUGAUGGUAUGAGAUCAAAUUUGAGGUCUGCUGCAUAUGAAGCUCUUAUGGAUAUGAUCAAGUGUGCACCUUCUGAUUGUUAUGAAACUGUUAAAAGUACAACACUAAUCGUACUAAGUCGGUUGAACCAAAUAAUCAAUUUACAAUCCAUGAAUGAAGAUUGUUUGGACAUGCAAGGACUGUUAUGUGCAACAUUACAAAGUGUUAUAAGAAAAAUGAGUGGUGAAGAUGUAGAAAAAAUUGCCGAUGCCAUUAUGAACGCUCUUUUAGUAAUGUUGAGUACUAGCAAAGAUAGUGGUUUACAAGAAGAUGCAUUAAUGGCUAUAAGUCCUCUGAUAGAAAACAUUGGAAAAGGAUUCAAUAAGUACAUGGAAUAUUUCAAAGCAUACUUAUUUAUUGGUUUACAAAAUAAUAUGGAAUUCCAGGUAUGUUUAGCUGCUAUUGGUUUGGUAGGCGAUUUGUCACGUGCUCUCCGUGAAGAUUUAGCUCCGUAUUGCGAUCAAAUUUUUUCUUUACUUUUUGAAACAUUAAGCAACAAUACUGUUAACCGGAACUUAAAACCACAAAUUCUGUCAUCAUUCGGAGAUAUAGCUCUUGGCAUUGGCUCAGAAUUCAAGAAGUAUCUAGAUCAUGUUUUGAAUGCGUUGGUUCAAGUAGCACAACUUCAGUUAGACCCCAAUGAUGCAGAAAUUGUCGAUUACUUAAACGAACUUCGUGAAGGUGUAUUGGCUGCUUAUAUUGGUAUUGUACAAGGGCUGAAAGGUGAAGGAUAUACGCCCAAUCAGGAUGUUUAUUUACUGGAACAACACUUGCCAUUCAUGGUUCAAUAUAUGAUAUCUAUUUGUUCUGAUCCUAAUGCACAUCCAGGAAUAUUGAAGAGUUGCUGUGGUCUUGUCGGAGACUUGUGCACAGCGUUUGGUGCUAAAGCAUGUCCAGUUCUAGACAAUGGAGAAGUACAUGAACUUCUAUACAAAGGACGUCAAUCCACUGAUGUUACUGCCAAAAGUCUAGCUCGUUGGUCUGCGAAAGAACUUCAAAAAAUCAAGACCUUUGCAAUGUAA